AACCCCGAGAGUGCAUAGCCUUAGCCAUCGAGAUAGCGUUUGACCAUCGAUUGAAUGGCAGGCCUAUAAAGCCCAGGGAGCAGCACCCAUGGUCUCCUUCCCUUCAACACAUGCAAGCCUUUAUAUCGAAGUGAUCUACUCUACCAAAAAAACCUCCAUCUGAUAAACGUCUUGGAAAUCCCUCUGCACACAAUCAAAAUGUCUAUCGAGAAAGCCACCAACACCGCCGUUGUUGAGGCCUACGUUCAAUCUCACCUGGCUCCCGAAGACCCUAGCCUGCUCAAUGCGCGCAACAACACCAUUAAACACGGUAUUCCGCCCAUCGCCCUCUCGGCCAGCCAAGGCAAGUUCCUCAGCCUGCUGGCCUCAUGCAGCGGAGCCCGCAACGUCCUCGAACUGGGCACUCUAGGCGGAUACUCUAGCAUCUGGCUCGCGCGGGCUAUCAAAUCCACCGGAGGAAAAGUCACCAGCAUCGAAAUCAACCCGGACAGAUGCGAGGUCGCGAUCCAGAACCUGCGAUCCGCGGGCCUCAAGGUCCCCGAGGAAGUGGACGUGGUGUUGGGCGCGGGACUGGAUGUUCUUCCCAAGCUGGAGGAAGAGAUCCAGCGCGGGGAGCUGGAGCGGUUUGAUUUCGUGUUUAUCGAUGCGGAUUGGCCGAACCAGUGGAAUUACUUCAACUAUGGGGUCAAGUUGACGAACGGGAAGGGAAGUGUGAUCUUUGUGGAUAAUGUGGUCCGGGCGAUGUUGGAUUAUGGCCACGUGGGUCCAGAGGAGAGGGAUACGAGCGUAGCAUCCUUGGUGGAGGAAGCGGCUAAGGAUGAGCGGGUCGAGGCGGUGGUUAUCCAGACGGUCGGUGCGAAGCAGAAUGAUGGCUUUUUGAUGGCGGUGGUCAAAUAGACUUGGAUGGGUGUGUUUCAUGGGCUGGAAUAUGUAUGAAUCUUUAAAGAUGUGAACAUGCCGAUGAAUUUAGAUGUUUCUUAAUGAAUGAGAUAUAUUAUCGCGUCCUUUAAUGUGCUCGUUCAGCUUUGUGAUCCUCCAUGGUGGCGCGGAUAUGAUG